AUGCCAGUACCAGCUAUACAACUCUCUUCGGAAGGAUAUUUUCUAUUCCAUUGCAACUUUAUUACACCAGAAAGUUAUGAUACUGAUGCAGCAUUAGAUGCGGCAUUAGAAAGUAAUGCUUGUAAUCGAUAUAUUACAGAACCAUCUGAAAAAAAUGGAAGUUAUUAUAACGGCUAUCUCAAACUUCCAUCUAAUUCUAAUUUUAAAUUACUUUUAAUGAGAAAUUCAAUAAUUUUUUUUAUGAUGCCUUUUAAUUCAAGUUCACAAGUUAUGUUUAAAGCUUUUGAUUCGGAAUAUAUUAACCUAAAAAACAGUGUAAAUGGAAGUUUUACACCUGAUAAUUCGCCAUUUUCGCAAUCAAUUGCACAACUUAAUACUUAUGAGUUCGAUCCGGGACAGGUAUUGAACUCACUUAGUUUAAUUGGUGGCGCAUGGACAUUCUCGGUCAUUAUUUACAAACUGCUUUUUGGUGAUGAUGCGAUACAGCCUUUUGGGGUAAUUCAGAAGUAUGGAUGCUGCCUUCGCAAUCGAACUAUGAAUAACUUGCGCAAAUCUCUAAUUACAUUGCCAUUAACUAAUAAUGUUCAAAAUUCACAUCUAAUAUCUGAUAAUAAUGAAAUUUCAAUUGAACAAUUAGAAAAAGAAAUUAAUGCUUUAGAAAUAUUCUUGAAAGAUUAUGUGAUAGGUGCGCAGCAAUUAGAAAAUCUUUAUAAAUCUAUUGAAAAAUCUAAAGAUAAAUGA